GCUAAAAUCCAACUGCUUGCUUCAAAAUUUUGGUGAUAUACACGGUGCUAGGGUUUUUUUUUUUGUCUCCAUUUCCAUUGCAAGCCCAUCCCCUAUUUAACCCUCUUCAUCAUUUCACUCCACAUGCAUCAUCUUUAUCACACCUAUCUUAAAUGUUAUUAGUACCAUGGGUGCUGAGCUUGGUUUUCUCUCCUUGACUCAGCUCCAAAAAUUAUCUGAUCAAUCUCUUCAACAACAACAAUUGAAUCCUAAUUUGACCUCCACCGGCUCGUGGAUGUGGAACCCAAAGCAAGAAACCAAAGAAGAUGAUGAUUCAUGGGAGGUGAGAGCCUUUGCAGAAGACACUGGCAACGUCAUGGGGACCACUUGGCCGCCCCGGUCAUAUACUUGCACCUUCUGCAGAAGGGAGUUUCGGUCUGCCCAAGCCCUAGGCGGCCACAUGAACGUGCACCGCCGCGACCGUGCCAGGCUCCACCAAACGCCGCCCGGUUCAACUAACCACCCCACCUCCUCCUCCUCCACCACUACUUCUUCCACUCUCAUAUUCCCAACCCAAGAAUUCGUCGCCAAUGGUGGUGGACUGUGCCUUCUCUACUCAUUACCUAACCCUAACGGCGCGUGUAUCGAAUCACCCUCCACUCUUCUCUCUAUCUCACCCUACCCUCCCAACGGAUUGAUGAAUCCUUGCCCACCACCAUCUAUUAAUUACCCGGUGGCGCCGCCUCCAACCAUCAAUUCCUCUCUCUAUCACACUAGCAGCACUGAACCUACAGUGUCAGUUGAAAAUGUUACUUAUUAUCAAAAUAAUAACGGCAUCAAGAAGGAGUCAUCAGCCAUUGAAGAUCUUGACCUAGAGCUUCGACUAGGACGCGGGUCCUCACCACCGUGA